CAAACUAAGUUGGACUUCAAUUAUUAAAGGAUUCAAAGUGGAAAAGUAGCAUGCUGGUGUUUAAUGGAGGGAUUGCAGAAGUUGAUGCAGGUCCUGCUGGUGCUGAUGUUUACAUCCCAGCUGCAAGAGCAACAAUGUGGAAUUUAGUGCUUUUGCAAACACAACACUCCAAAGUAGGCAUUGUUCAGGUUUCUCUCCUCCACCACUUGAUUCUACUCUGAUUUGAAGAAGAGAGGGAGACGGAGAGAACAGGAGGUGGGGGUGGAGGAGUGGUGAUUGAGCGCAAAAGGGGGCAGGACUUUUCUUCCCCGGGUCCUAUUAAGAGCAAACUUUGUGUUUUUGUUCUCCCAAGUUCAGCUCAGUCCUCUUCCAAGCUGCGCAGAGUUCCUUUCCAUCGCCCUGUUUCCCUCUCCUUUUCCCACUUCUUCUUCAAUGGUUUUGUUUUCUCGCCUAUUGGUCACUGCCGUGCGCCUUGUGCACUGGGGAUCCGGACACGGAGAGAGGAGGAGGAUGCGCUUUACGCAUGGACAACAGCAGCCACCUAAAGUUGUCCCUUUCAGCCACGGCAGGGAUGUAUUAGCGGAGAUCUAAAUGUUUUUCGGGUUGGAGUGAAAAAUGCCGCGGCUCCUUGGCGCUCUGACCGGGAGCAUGCUCUGGUUUCGGCUGCUGCUGCAACUGCUGUGCGUCGUGGAGUUUGGAGCCGGGGUGUCUACCUUCCAGGGGUUCUAUCUUCCACCUGCGAGCGGCUCGCUGCACACACCUGCCCGGAGGACGGACGGGGUGGUGCGGACCAUCGAUCGGAUUUACAACGGUGGAGGGAAGGUGGGCUACCUGGUGUACCUGGAUGGGAGGCGCUUUCAGCUGGACAUGGAGCGGGAUGAGUCGGUGCUGUCGCAUCACUUCAGCCCCCAGUAUGCGCUCGCGAUGACGGGACAGAGUCCCGCGCCUCUGCAGCGGGAGUGCGCGUACCGCGGGACGGUGAACUCCAACCCGGAGUCUCUCGCCGUCCUCAGCCUCUGCGGCGGAGGUCUGGAGGGUUUCUUCGCCGUCAACCACUCGCGCUACACCGUCACUCCCAUCAUCCGGGCGAAGGGACACGAGCACGACACGCGCGCCCUGCACGACCGGGAUGCGGAGAGCGCGCUCCACGUGUUCACGCGCGAGAGCUUCAGCUUCGAGGCUCUGAGCGAGGGACGCGAGAGCUGCGGCACGCGCGACGGGAAGCGAGGGCGUAGGGAUGCGGCACAAAGACGGCGGCACCGAGGUCACGAGAAGGGGAGACGGGACGGAGAAGAGGGGCACGGCGCGCGAGGGAGGACAUGGUGGAGCCGCCUCGUCAAAGAGCCCGGCGCGCGGCGCAAGAGGUCGGUGUCCCGUGCCAGGCACGUGGAGCUGCUCCUGGUGGCGGACGACUCCAUGACCAAGAAGUACGGCAGAGACUUGAACCACUACUUGCUCACACUGGCAUCCAUCGCGUCCAAGCUGUACGGACACGCCAGCAUCGAGAACCCCAUCCGGCURUCCGUGGUGAAGGUCAUCACGGUGUCGGAGAAAGAGAAGGGCCUGGAGGUGACCAAGAACGCGGCGGCGACGCUCAAGAGCUUCUGCAAGUGGCAGAACCAGCAGAACCCGCUAGACGACGACCACCAGCAUCACCACGACGCAGCCAUCCUCUUCACCAGGCAGGACCUGUGUGGCCACCACUCCUGCGACACCCUGGGCAUGGCGGACGUCGGCACAAUCUGCUCUCCGGAGAGAAGCUGCGCCGUCAUCGAGGAUGACGGCCUUCACGCCGCAUUCACCGUCGCUCACGAGAUAGGUCACCUGCUGGGAUUGUCCCACGAUGAUUCGAAGUUCUGCGAGGAGCGCUUUGGGGUCAACAGCCACAAGCAGCUCAUGUCGUCCAUUCUCACCUCCAUCGACGCCUCCAAGCCCUGGAGCCGCUGCACCUCGUCCACCAUCACCGACUUCUUCGACGACGGGAACGCCGAGUGUCUCUUGGACUUACCUCGUCAGCCCCUCCUCGGCCCGGAGGAGCUCCCGGGCCAAAGCUACGACGCCGUCCGACAGUGCCGCCUGGCCUUCGGCCUCGAGUACACUGUCUGCCCGGGCAUGGACGUGUGCUCUCGCCUGUGGUGCGCCGUGAUCCGCCAGGGACAGAUGGUGUGUCUGACCAAGAAGCUCCCAGCGGUGGAGGGGACGCCGUGCGGGAAGGGGCGCAUCUGCCUGCAGGGAAAGUGUGUGGACAAAACCCGAAAGAAGCACUAUUCGACGUCCAACCACGGCAGCUGGAGUUCUUGGGGCGCUUGGGGUGCAUGCUCCAGGACCUGCGGGGGCGGAGUGCAGUUUGCCCAGCGCCUGUGCAACAACCCGGCRCCGCGAAACAAUGGCCGCUACUGCAUCGGAAAGAGAGCCAUCUAUCGGACUUGCAACGUCUUCCCGCCGUGCCCACCCUCAAGUAAGAGUUUCCGUCAAGAACAGUGUGAAGUUCGCAACGGCCCCCAGACGGAUCCCAAAGGGGUGAAGACCUUUGUCGAGUGGGUGCCGAAGUACGCAGGGGUUCUCCCUAAGGAUGUGUGUAAACUGACAUGCAGAGCAAAAGGGACGGGCUACUAUGUGGUGUUCUCUCAGCGGGUGGCAGAUGGGACCGAGUGUCGUCCUCACAGCAGUUCGGUGUGCGUGAAAGGGAAAUGCAUUCGAACGGGCUGCGACGGCAUCAUUGGCUCCAAGCUCCAGUUCGACAAAUGCGGUAUAUGUGGAGGYGACAGCAUGGGAUGCAUACGGGUCGUUGGGAAUUUCACCAAAAAGAGCAAAGGCUACACUGACAUCGUGAAGAUCCCUGCUGGAUCCACGCACAUCAAGGUCCGUCAGCACAUGGCCAAGGACCAAACCCGCUUCACCGCCUACCUCGCCCUGCGGCGACCUGGCAGCGAGUACCUCCUGAACGGCAAGUUUAUGAUCUCCACCUCGGAGACCAUCAUCCCGCUCAACGGUUCUUUGCUCAACUAUAGCGGGUGGACUCAUCACGACGAGUGGCUCCACAGCAUGGGCCCUGGGGCUCUCAAAGAAGCUUUGGUGGUCCAGAUUCUAGCCACAGAUUCGAAAAAGCCCCUCGACAUCCGUUAUAGCUACUACAUGCCGAGGUGGACAGCCCCGCAGCAGCAUCCGAACUCCAAGUUGACCCCUUUGCAGAGCACCACCACAACGUCUACCACAACGCGGUCCACCACGGUUAGCACCACUACCAUCUSCUCUACGCCCGCUGCUUUACUGCUAAGGCCAACUACAGCUUCUGUUUCUUCAACCCCUCUUCCAGGUCCCAAGUGGGUAACGGGACCUUGGAUGACUUGCUCCAGGACUUGUGAUACCGGCUGGCAGAGCCGGACGGUACAGUGCAAGGACCAGGAUGGCAAGCUGUCCAAGGGCUGCGUUCUGAGCGCCCGACCCUCUGCCUUCAAACACUGUGUGGUGAAGAAAUGCUGAAGCAGCCAGAAAGGACAGAUGUGGAGAGACGUUUUAGUCUACAGAUCUAAAGAGAUCUGAAGUGUUGGAUGUAGGGACUGGAUCUGGAGUCUUAAAGGGGGUUUGUGAAUGUUGGUGGAGAAAAAGCCAGGAUCAGACACUAGGAGACUGGAAAAAUGUACAAAUGAACUAUAUUUGACGUAGGAAUGACCUGGAAUCCUUCUAGCUAUGCAGAACAUGAGCUAAACAGAGAGGUUUCAACCCGGCAAAGCCCUGGCAUAGCUAAGGACUCGAGUUGCAUGUAGUUUCCACAUGGACAAUAACUGGUUGUCUUUACUUUACCCCCCAAACCCUCGAGGUUUAGUGAGUCUUGUCUUAUGGCAUGAGUGUCUUUUUAUGCUUCCAAGUGCUGUUGUCAGUCAGCUCACACUGCUUUGUCUCUUGUCCUGAGUUUGUCCGAGACGAUAGCCCCAACAGUGGGAAGCACUCGACAKUCCUUCCCUCUCAGCUCGGAUUCCGAAUUACUGAAUAUUUCUUAAUUUAUAAUCUGCUGGAAGAAUGAUUGAAAACACUCUCACUGGAUAAUCAUCCGUCUUUGUGGCAAGCUGUGGCUAAGCAAUAACUACGCCACUAAUUAUAGAUGACUUGCUAUUAAUGGGGGUUUCCUAUCUUCUGAUUGUUCGCCUAAAUACAGUUCUGGCAGUCAUACUUUAGAACUCCAACAAGAAAAAGACAUUCUCAUGAACACACACAAGCCAAACAGAGGCAGAUCACCACAAUCCUGGUGUUUGCUUACACACAUUAAGGUGGCAGUCCAAAAGCAUCAGUGGUUAAAGUACCCCACUUCACACGUACUCACCGAAUUACCUCCAACUACCUCCAUUAACAGCAGUAAGCCAAUUUCAGCGUUGCUCAUUUACUUUUCUUGUGACAUCCAGUCUCGGUGGAAAGUGUUUUCGGACGCCAUCAGGUACAUCUCCUAAAUGUUUCCCCCUCCUCUUUGAAAGUGGGUUGAAGGUUCAGAAGUAAAGACAGAAGUAUCGGUCCUACUAAUCAUCACUGAAAAACGACACGGCGSUAGCUAGCAGCUAGCAUGUCCGCUAAUGUUGUAUCUUGAUUGUUUUGAAUGGCCUUCAAUCAUUUCCUGAGCUUUCUUUCAUGGAAACUGGAUUUUGUUGUUAUWUUUUUGUGCGUUUAUCAGGUUAACGGAAAACUGAUACGACAAUGUGUGCCCUGGAAACUUGCAAAGACAAGGAAAAAAGAUGAUAAUGUAGCCUUUUAGCAGAGUCUAUAUUUUUUUUACAACUACACUAGCUUCAUCAGCGCAGAUUGUUUAAACUCUCUGCUGUUUCAUACCUUUUCAUUUUGUCAUCUUUACAUGCUAACUUGUUUUGAUAGAAAAAAGGAGCAACUCCCUCAGGAUAGUUUGUGGCCACAACUUAGGGAUGUUUUGUUCCCCGCUUUGACAACUGGUGAUUUACGGUCAUUUUCCAAAGACUACKUUAUAGGAUGUUGUAUCUAACUUAGAGUAUUUCUAUUUUUAUUUWAUCUGUUAUAAACACAACAAAUGAAAAAUACAUUAAAUCCCCAGGAAACAACAUAUAAUAACAAUAAAUUAUAUAUUAUAUUGGAGCUUUUUAGUGAUUAUCUUUAUAUGAAAACACUUAAACAAAUCAUUUUUACAAACAAAGUUAAAUAAUAUAUUAUGCAAUGAAAAAAACAUCAAACUGAUUGUAAACCAUACUGUUUGUCUGACAUCAUACAGCUGUGGAAUUUGAAAACUUUUUUUAUUUUCCUUAAUGCUUUUAUUUUUGCUUUGGUUUAGUUUUCUGUUUACUUUCUCCCAUUUCACUUUUUAAUGCUACACUAAGCUAACAGGGUGUGACCUCGGGACACAGUAUUUACCAUAGUAUCACUCGUCUCAGCUACUUCUGAAAAAAUAAUAAUAAAUUUUAUAAAGUGUAUUUUUGAACUAUUGCUUUAAGAAAAUAAAAUAUAUUGAUAGUAGGACAAUAUGCUCUCUAUAUCAAAGAAGAGGAAUAUCCUCUUCUGUAAUUUAGGUGAACCAACUCCUGACAAUCCUCAACAUAUCUGUGUGACAUUAUUACCUUUAUUCUGGUAAUUCAGGAAGAGAUGCGUCCACUUGUUUUCAAGACAACAUUUAGUACCAGGAAAGCGUAUUUGUCUCCAUGCAGAUGUCUUCUGGUUUUGUUCUAUUGUCACACAAAUUUGAAUGUUAACCAAAAGGUCAUUUUUGUGUAAAGUUCUGGUAUAAUGUGCUGUUUUUUCUUUAGAUUUUUCAACCUACUUCAUGUUGUCUCAGUUCUACAGAUUCUGCACUUCUCUGGUCUGGGUUAUKGUCAUUAUGUUAACAGCACCUGUCGGRCAWCACRAAGUAGGCGUAAAGAUCUUCCAGAUCCUUUUGGAGUUCACUUKGAUGAUCUUUGUCUAACAUUAAGACUUGUUCAUGUCAGCAAACACAGAAGAAACCUGCAAGGUGACGAAAACCUUUUCAAAGCACUGUACUAUUAUGAAACCUUUCAUUUGUGUAAGAAAAAGAAAAUAACAAUAUUCCUGUCAACAUUACCUCAGCUCUCAUGUUGAACAAGGCAGAUUAAAGUAAACUGACUAUAUUCUGGACUUARACAUCUUCCUGUCAUUGCGCUACAUCCAUUGAGCAACCAUGCAACCAACAGGAGUGAAAUAUUUCGAACGAGACCCAGGGUCAGCUUGCAACCGAAAGGCCUCACACUUUGACAAAGUACAUGUUUGUACAAUAAAUAGGUUGUUUCCAUACAUUUAAGUAUUAAAGCAUAUAGAUAUAUUUAGCAGAAAUGUACACACACAUGCAGUAAAAAAAAAGAAAAAAAAUCUGACAGUUACAUCUUUGUUAGUAUUUUUGACUGACAACACAACACUAAUCCUCCAGUCGGGGACGCCUGUUGCAGACCGCCAGAAACACAGCACUGAACUUGUAAUUUAUUGUUUGUACAACUGCUCUGUGUGAAUAAAGAAACAAUGAGAUGAGUUUUAUUUAUUAUAGUAAUUUUGUAUCAAAUUACUAUUUAACUUUAGGAAUAUGACUGUGCUGAAACAAUCCUAUGUAAGAAUAUAGUGUUUUCUUUUSUAGCCAUCCACAUGAAUAUAUGUAUAUAAAAUCUAUAUAUUUAAACAC